GAGUUCGACCUAAUCACUAAUUGUGAAUCCUGUAUUCAUCCUCUUAUCCCGUGGCAGCCGAAAAUCGUGUAGGCAGAUAAAAACUGCCCCCAAAAACUUCAAUAUGGCUGUUGCUGCUGCACGCCCCCUAAUCACGGUUUACACCGAGAAGAAUGAAGCAAGUGGCACUAAUGUCAAGUUGCCAGCUAUCUUCAAGGCCCCCAUCCGCCCUGACAUUGUCAACUUUGUCCACACUAACAUGCGUAAAAACAGCCGCCAACCCUAUGCUGUCAACAAGCUAGCAGGUCAUCAGACCAGUGCAGAGUCGUGGGGAACUGGACGUGCCGUGGCUCGUAUCCCCCGUGUCCGUGGUGGAGGUACUCAUCGAUCUGGUCAAGCUGCAUUUGGAAACAUGUGUCGUGGUGGACGCAUGUUUGCCCCUACCAAGAUCUGGCGGAAGUGGCAUUGCCGCACCAACGUUAACCAGAAACGUUACGCCAUGUGCUCUGCUCUGGCUGCUACUGCUGUGCCAGCUCUAGUCAUGUCAAAGGGUCACGUCAUCGAUCGCAUCCCUGAGGUUCCCCUUGUCGUGAGUGAUGCCGUUCAGGAUUACAAGCGCACCAAGGAAGCUGUCCUUUUCCUCAAGAAGUUCAAGGCUUGGGCAGACAUCAAGAAGGUGUACAAGUCCAAGCGUAUCCGAGCUGGUAAGGGCAAGAUGCGUAACCGGCGACACGUCCAACGUCUGGGUCCCCUCAUUAUCUUUGAGAAGGACAACGGAAUCACACGAGCCUUCAGAAACAUCCCAGGAAUCAAGCUGAUGAAUGUGACCAAGAUGAACCUGCUCAGGCUGGCUCCCGGUGGUCAUGUCGGCCGAUUCUGCAUCUGGACUGAAAGCGCCUUCCGUAGACUAGACUCGCUCUAUGGCACAUGGAAGAAACCAUCAGCAGAAAAGAAGAACUACAACCUGCCGAUGCCGAUGAUGAUGAACUCUGACCUUAACCGUCUGCUAAAGAGUCAGGAGAUCAGACGAGCACUCCGACCCAAGAAGUUGGAUGCCAACAAGCGCAAGGUGCUGAAGAAGAACCCGCUGAAGAAUGUUCGCGUCAUGUUCAAGCUCAACCCUUACUCUAAGACACAGAAGCGACAGGCUAAGCUGGCUGAGGAGCGCUCCAAGGCUCAGAAACAGGCUUACUUGGACAAGAAACGUGGGAUUGCACCUGCUGAUGCCAAGAAGCCUGCAGAGGCCACCAAGGCCAAGGCCAAGAAACAGCCCAAAGGCAAAGGGAAGUAGAUGUCAAACCUCACAUCACCACGGUGCAGUGUCACAGCCUGUAACAACAAGAGUAGAAUUGGAAAGAACUUGAUAAUUGCCCAGCUUCAUUCUGACAUUGAUAUCCAUCCACGGACAAUCCACAGUAUUUAUUCAAGUGGUAUUCAUCUUGCAUCAAGCACAAGUCACAAGAAGUCCAAGAAGUACAUUGUGGAAAUCAUUUAUGAAGGAUCAAACACAUAAGCAUAGCAGCAUUUAUUGAAACAGUCACUUUUUGUUGUCUCUCUUAACAAACAAGUUAGAAUAAUUUGGUUAAGAUUUCAUUUUGAAGCUCAAAGUAUGAAGUUUGUAUUAUCGUCCUGCUCAUAAGGCUGCCCGGGUUAGAAGUGGUCAGAAAUCUAAAAUUACAAGAAUCUGCAAAAAGCCACAUACACAUCUAAUAAAAACUGAAGUUUCUGAAUUCAGUAAAA